CCUACAGCAGCCUUCUAGUAUCGUCAAUCUCAUGUCAGAUGGGGUCCAGAAAAACUAUAUGUACAGCAACAGAGUCCUCUCAAAUGAAUCGUUUUUCCUCAUCAGUACAGCAAUCAUCAAGAACAUCCUACACUCGAAAGACCAACACUUCCAAACGUCGUUUGAUAUCAUCGAUCAAUCACAAAACAGCCUCAUACUAAGUUCCAACCUUAUCAACUACCACAAUACAACCAAACACCACCACCAUCAAAAUGCUUUUCUCCGCUAGCACCCGUGUUCACUACCUCGCACACCAAAGCGGUGGCUACGACUUCUCCUACCUCGACACCCCCGAGUAUGAAGCUCAGCGCCUUGCUCGCGCCACUCAAAAGGCCGAGGAGCGUCGUCAACGCCGUGAAAGCCGCAUGAGCAAAGCCAGUGAGAGCCGCAGCACCAGCAGCGCCCGCUCGUCCAAGGCCAGCACAACCAGCUCCCACCGCUACCGCUUCCCGGCUCUCUUCGGCGGCGUCUUCGGCAUGCUUGGUGCAUACCACGAGUCCGCAUCUGCCAACGCCUCAGCCGCGCAAUCGCAGGUCUCUUCCGAGCGAUCGUCGCUCAUCGAUGGGCGAGUCGUCAGCUCAAGACACCGUGCCGCCCUCGAGAAGAUAUAAGCACAGCACACACAAACACACAUGAGAGAACGAAUCUUUCCUUGACAAUUUUCUCCGGCAUUUACAUUGGCUUUCAGCAUUCUUCUUUACCAAUCAACGAUCGUUGCGAUAUUUUCCUUGAGUUCUGCAGUUGUCUUGUCUUACGGUUGCGAUGAUAUCCAAGGCAUCAUGGGUAGGGAGGCGACGGCGUUGCGAUUGACUUUUGGGCAGCGAGCAUUUUUCGGGUCUUGUUGGUGGAUAGUCCUGCAGUGUACUACACAUACAAUUGUUCAAUAUUAGAAAUUCACUUUGUUCUAUCAAAAAUCGAUAUCAUAC